AUGGCAGCGCGACCGCCGCCUGGGAAGCCUCCAGUAGGGAAGCAGCCUCCCAUCCCGCCCAACCAGACACUAUACGUCACCAAUCUCCUCUCCUCUAAGAUCCAGAAGGAUGACUUAAAAACGGCCCUGUACAUGUUGUUCUCUACCUACGGUCCUGUUCUCGAUGUCGUCGUCCUGAAGACGGUCAAGAUGCGUGGCCAGGCCCACGUCGUCUUCCGCGACAUCCAAGCCGCUACCCAGGCCCUGCGCUCGCUCGAGGGCUACGACUUCCUCGGCAAGCAGCUGAGAAUACAGUACGCCAAAUCCAAGUCCGACGUCGUCGCCAAGCUUGACGGGACCUACAAGAUGCCCGGAACCUCGGGCGCGAAUGCCAAUGUGGAGAUGACCGAGACUCAGCACAAUAUCUUCAAUGCCCCUGCCCCUGGCACCACAUCUACUGCCGCCCCUGCGCCGGCGCGCGGCCUCCCUGCGAAACCCCCGAGCAGCGGGUCGCCUGCCCCAGCCGCCGAUGGUCGCGGUCAGAAGCGGACGAGAGACGAGGAGGACGAGGACGAAAGUGACGAGGACGUCGCCAUGGAAGAGGAUAGUGAUGACGAGUAA